GCUUGAAAACUUGUGCAAAAUUUGUGCAAAAUUGCGAAGUGAUUGACAAAAUGUAAACGUUUAGCUGUUCUGAGCUGUUCGUUGGUUCGUGCUUUUAUUGAAUUGUCACAUUUUACAAAUUGUCAAAAAAUUUGGAAAAAAUUGCGUACGAUUUUGCUAUUGAUUGUGGAUAUCAUACUCGGCGGAGCCGUGGAGAAAGAGCGCACAGGAGUCGUCGCGUGUUGCACUGCCUGGCAGCGUGUUGGCGCGGCCGGCAGCGGCGAUGGAGAGGCCGAUGGCGGCCGGGCGGCUGGGCGGCGCGCCUCUGUACGGCCAGCCGCCGCCGCCGGAGCCGCCGCUGGCCAUGCUGCUGCAGCGGGUACAGCACGGUGACCCGCCGCCGCCCUCCCAGGACACCCAGAGCACCUACUUCUCACAGGCGCCACCGUCGCAGGUGUCACCCCACCCGAUGAGCCGGUGGCUGACGGACCCGCCGAGCGGGGCGGCGGCGCGCGCCUCGGGCACCGCCGAGCCCAGCCAGGACUCGGCUGUGUCGGGACUGAGUCAGGAGUCGGCGCCGGGCCCGGCCGGCGGCGCACUGCGCACCAAGAGCGCCGCGCUCGAGCAGCGCAUCGACCACGAGCGCCAGCAGCGCCGCCAGCUGGAGCGAGACGUGCGCGAGGCGGUCACCGUGGUGGCCGCGCACGUGCAGGCGCUGCCCGAGCUGUGGCACGCGCUGCUGCCGCGCCUGCUGGCCGGUGUGGAGCGCGCCGUCCAGGCGGAGGCCGAGCGCGCGCACCGACAGGCCGGCGAGCGGGUGCGCCGCGUCGAGGAGCGGCUCGACGGCCUGGACGCGGCGCUGAGGCGGGCCGUGCAGGACGGCUGUCGACAGUCGGGUCAGGAGGUGCUGUUAGCACUGAACGGACUGCGCGAGGCCGUAUCGGCGGCCAACCACCGCGCCGGAGACACGGCCGAGGGUAUCCACCAGCUGCGGGGUCACCUGAAUGACAUCGAGAGGUCGGUGGCGGCGCCGGCGGCCGCUGACCCGGCUGACCGGGAGGCGGCGCUUCAGCUGAGCUCGGCGGCCGCUCAGGUCAGCGCCGCGGUCAGCGAGGUGCGCCGGCUCGCUGACCGGCUGACGGAGCAGCUCAGCAGCCAUCAGCGUCAGCUCGACCAGCAGGCGAUCCGGCCGCCGGCGCUGGCGGCUCCCUGUGUGCCGCCCCUGGCUGCCCGGGCCAACUGUCUGACCUCGCCUGUGGGGACAGUGCGACCUCAGCCGUGCGCCACGCCGGCGGCACAGGCACAGCGCAGACAGAACUGCGCCGCUGGCGGUGCGUCCCCUCCUUCCAAGCAGCCUCGAGCGGGGGAUCUUCCUCCGCCACCUCCAGUGGGUGCUACCCCGCGACAGACAGCGCGAGCCGCCCCCGUGCCGCCCAAACAGGCGGCGGUGGCGGCGCUACCCCGGUACCCAGCCCGCACCGUCCGCUCAACGCCGAAUCACGGCAGGCGCCGGCCGGGCUCGGCGGGCCGCAGGCAGCGCGACCCUCCGCCCCCGCCGCCGCCGCCCCCGCCCCCGCCCCCGCCGCCUCCGGUGGCCUCCCAAAGACCCGAGCGGGCAGCGGCUCGUCGGAAGACUGUGUACUCACCAGAGAGUGAGGUGACUUCCCUGUCUCAACUGACGGGUCGGCACAGAGCUGCCGGCGAGGCCGACUCGAGCCUCUACAACUUCACAUGGGAAACGGACGAGGCGCUGCCGUGGCCGCGUCAGCCGGCCGUCCGGACCUACAGCCGCACCCCGCAGCGGACACCUCUAGCGGCGGCACUGCCGGCCGGAUUCUCCCCCGAGACGAUCCGACGCAGCGUGAGCCGGCCGUGCCGCGUGCCCAGCGCCGGGCCGCCGCCAGAGCGCAGAGAGUGCCACUGGCUGUGAACAGGCGCAGAGAGCGCGAUUGGCUCACAGCCGCUGUGAGCUGCCGCAGUUAGCGCGACGAGCUGUGAGCCGGCGCAGCUAGUGCCAUUGGCUGUGAGCCGGUGCAGCUAGAACAACUGGCUGGCGAAGAUCAGCGCAGUCAGCGCUGCUGGCUGUGAACCACCGCCGUCAGCACGACUGGCUGGCUGUGAAUAUGCGCUAGAACGGCUGCUUGUAGUGAAUGGACGCAGAGUAGAACGGCUUUAUUCAACUGGCAGAGGGGGAACGCCUUUGCUGAACCGUCGUUGGAAGAACGACGGUUCCUUAGCGUAGAAAGGAAGGCUGUUCUGAAAUGACAGGGGAGAAUGUUUGCGCUUACAAUGCUCUGAUGUGCGAUUUGUUGAGGUCACGGAAGCCGGACUUAACUGCACUAGGCCAGUUGAAAUAAGGCCAGUAAGGAUCGAGUGAAUUAAUUAGGGCACCUAAGUCGGUACUCGCAAUGCGCUGCUCAUGCGGAGCCUGAAUGCGACGAGAGUCCAGCAAUGUCUCUGAACCGAAUAGACCGGUAAAGAUCAUGAAGUUAGCUCCAGAUUACAGUUAUCGCAUCAAAUCGGAAGCUAGUCAUUGUUAUUUGAAUGAAGUCUUACUUUGUUUUACGUGUACCUUGUUUCAUGUACUUGUCUGACAUUCGUUGUUUCUUGCGUUGGAAGUUAGUAUUGAUUAUGGCCUACUCGUACACACAGAAAAAUAUUGACACCGUUAGCGGUGUAAUUGCACAGUACAUAUCUGAGCACUUGAGGAAAGUUAAUUUAGUCCCUUCCCCGCUUAAAUUACUCGCGCUUCUAAAUGAACACCAGGAAGAAGGUAAUAGAACACUGUUAGGAGGGUUGGGUGUUUUACUACAUGUAGCAAAACACCCAACCCUCCUAACAGUGUUCUAUUACCUUCUUCCUGGUGUUCAUUUAGAAGCGCGAGUAAUGUAAGCGGGGAAGGGACUAAAUUAAUUUUCCUCAAGUGCUCAGAUAUGUACUGUGCAAUUACACCGCUAACGGUGUUAAUAUUUUUCUGUGUGUAUGUGCCAUAACUCCUUCUUGUGGGCUGUGAUUGUAAUAUUAGUAUGAAAAGUGUAGUGAUCUCAGUGCUAGUCUAAUCAUGUCACGUGAACCCGGAAGUGACGAGUAUGAAGCCGUCUGGAUAAUGGGAAGUUGUGUUUUGUUCGUAGUUUGUCCACUCCCUUCGCUUUCAUGUUGCUUCGUUUGUUGUUUGUUAGCUCAGAAUAAUCAUUGUUUUGUCAGAUAAUUUUCGUUUCUGAAGUUAAUGGCAUUUGUUCAUUGCUUUCCAAUAAAACGUUCACUGA